AUGGCAUUUCGUAUUGUUCAAGUUGAUCGUUCGUGUCUGUCAAAGUUCAAUGACAUAUCAAUAGCAUUUGAGGUUCAUUCAGUGUACGAUGUUAUUGAUGAUAAUAAUGAAAUCAAACUCAUUGAACAUCCUGUUAAUCCGCCGUAUGUCAAAGAUUACGAUCAAUUGAAUUUGAACGCAUCUGAGACGUGGUCUGAUAUGGAUACUACCGAAUGGGGAAUAUUUCUUGCUCUUGAUGAAUCUCAAAAUGAUAAGCCCAUCGGCGGUGCUAUUGUAAUGAUGCCUGAAUGUGCGUUAUGCGAUUUACGUGUCACCCCGUCACAUCGACGUUUAGGUGUCGGCAAAGCUUUAUUCGAAAGGGCUUUGGAAUGGACAAAACAGCAGGGCAAAACAACGCGAAUGAGUAUUGAAACACAAAAUACUAAUGUAUCAGCAUGCCGAUUUUAUAGUGCUAUGGGAGCCAAACUCGGUGACAUCGAUCGAAAUGCUUAUUCACAUGAUGAUGAAGUCAAACACGAAGUUCGACUCAAUUGGUAUAUUGAUUUUAAGCAAUAA